CAGAGGAGGAGGAGGAGGAGGAGGAUGAAGCUGUGUGUCCGUCAGCGUGGAGCUGAUCUCAGUUCAGUCCGUCUGAGCUGAAACUGGAAACUUUCUGAUGCUGUUGUCACUCUGGAGCUUCUUCUUCUUCUUCUUUUUCUUCUUCCUGCACCUGUGAGAAGACUUCCUGUCCCGCCUCCGCCAUGAGUGACAUCUACGAGUCGGCGGCGAACUCUCUGGGUCUGUUCAGCAGCCCCUGUCUCACCAAGGUGGAGCUGAGACUCACCUGUAAAGGGAUCUCAGACCGAGACGCUCUGUCCAAACCCGACCCCUGCAUCGUCCUCAACAUGCAGUCCCACGGACAAUGGAUGGAGGUGGACCGGACGGAGGUGAUCCGCAGCUGCGUGAACCCCACCUACUCCAAGGUGUUCACGCUGGACUUUUAUUUUGAAGAGGUGCAGCGUCUGCGCUUCGAGCUGUACGACAUCAACAGCGGCCACAACGGGCUGAAGGAGGCCGACUUCCUGGGAUGGGUGGAGUGCACGCUGGGACAGAUCAUCUCUCAGAGGAAACUGUCCAAAGCUCUGCUCAGACCAGGAGGCACCGUGGGAAAAUCCAUCAUCACGAUCACAGCGGAGGAGCUGACGGGCAACGACGACUACAUCGAGCUCUCCUUCAGCGCCAGGAAACUGGACGACAAGGACUUCUUCAGUAAGUCCGACCCCUUCCUGGAGAUUUACAGACUGAACGACGACGCCACGCUGCAGCUCGUCUACAGGACCGAGACGGUCAUGAAUAAUCUCAACCCGGUGUGGAAAACUUUCAAAGUUUCUCUCAACUCACUCUGCAGCGGAGACCAUGAACGCAAGCUGCAGUGCACCGUGUGGGACUGGGACUCCAACGGGAAACACGACUACAUCGGUGAGUUCGAGGCCACGUUCAAAGAGAUGAGAGGAGCCAUCGACGGACGACAGGUGCAGUGGCCAUGCAUUAAUCCAAAAUACAAAAUGAAGAAAAAGAACUACAAGAACUCUGGGAUUGUGAUUCUGAACCAGUGCAAGAUCAUCAAGAUGCACUCCUUCCUGGAUUACAUCAUGGGAGGCUGUCAGAUCCAGUUUACAGUAGCCAUCGACUUCACAGCCUCUAACGGAGACCCUCGAAACAGCUGCUCCCUGCACUACAUCCACCCGUACCAGCCCAACGAGUACCUGAAGGCUCUGGUGGCCGUGGGAGAGAUCUGCCAGGACUACGACAGUGACAAAAUGUUCCCAGCGUUUGGCUUCGGCGCUCAGAUCCCUCCUGACUACAAGGUCUCCCACGACUUUGCAGUGAAUUUUAACGAGGAGAACCCGGAGUGUGCAGGGAUCCAGGGCGUGGUGGAGGCCUACCAGGCCUGCCUCCCCAAGCUGCAGCUCUACGGCCCCACCAACAUCGCCCCCAUCAUCCAGAAGGUCGCCAACUCCGCCUCGCAGGAGGUCCACACCAAAGAGGCCAUGCAAUACUUCAUCCUGCUGAUCCUGACGGACGGCGUCAUCACCGACAUGGCCGACACGAGGGAGGCCAUCGUCCAGGCCUCCCACCUCCCCAUGUCCGUCAUCAUCGUCGGGGUCGGGAACGCUGACUUCAGCGACAUGCAGAUGCUGGACGGUGACGACGGGAUCCUGCGAUCGCCUAAAGGAGAACCCGUCCUGAGGGACAUCGUCCAGUUCGUCCCGUUCCGCAACUUCAAACAUGCGUCUCCAGCUGCUCUGGCUAAGAGCGUACUUGCAGAAGUGCCCAACCAGGUGGUUGACUACUACAACAGCAAGGGCAUCAAGCCCAAAGUGCCCAGCGAGUACCAGUCUUCCAGGCCAUUCGGCCCCUGAGCGCCGCCGCUGCCAACAUGGCCACCUCCUCCCUCCCCUCGACAGCACAACCUCUCCUGGACUGAGAAACAUGUUUACUGUAUUUGUUCUUUGUCAAUGUGGAUGUUAAAGGUGCUACACGCAGCGUUUCACCAUGAAGAGGGUGUGAUGUGAUCACUGUAGAUUUACAGGUGGGACGUGCACAGGUGAGGAGGUGGAGCAGGUGGAGAUUGUUUCCUCACCUGUCGUCAUCUUUAUAAAAAGAAGCCGCAGGUGACAGAAGUGCAAAUUAGGACAUUCUCAAAGGGAAACAGUGUUAGAGAGUUUCAUCAUCACACACACACACACACACACACACACACACACACACACACUCACACACACAA